ACCUGUCUCACUUACACUUUAAUUUUACGAACGGAAGAACAAGACACAAUUUACAAAACAAAAGAAAAUAAUAAAUACAUACAAAAUACUCGUAACUAAACAAUGGAAACGAGUAAAUCCGCUUCGGAUAAGUUGGCCGAACGCAAGGCACGUUUGCUCGAGCUGCACAAACAACGCCAGGAGGCGCGCACACAAAACCACCAAGAAGUCGUCGCAGAAGACGCUCGCAAAAACUUGCCCAGCAACUGGGAGGCUCGUAAGCGACAAGCAGAAUGGUUGCUAGCAGAUGACAAGGCACGCGCAGAUGCAGAGGCUGCUGGCAAAGAUUAUGAGCGCCUGCAGCUGCUCAAGGUGUCCGCCAUCGAUGCGGAACGAAUAGAGAAAAAGAAGAAACGCAAAGAUAAUCCCGAUUUGGGCUUCUCCACAUACGAGGCGCAAACAGCCAGGCAAUAUAAUCGCCUGGUCAAGAAUAUGCCAGUUCGCGACAUGGCCAAGUAUGAAAAACAGAAAGCUGAACUGGGUGAGGCCUUUUACGGCGGCCCAAACACGACGCUUCAUUUGCUUACCAAGGACACGCCUAGUGCUAUUAACAAUAUGGUUAAGGAUUUGGAGCAGCAAAUUGAUCGCAGAAAGAAGUAUUCCAGACGACGAAUCUAUAACGAUGACGCCGAUGUCGACUUCAUAAACGAACGCAACUCCAAAUUCAACAAGAAAUUGGAUCGUUUCUACGGCGAGCACACGGCUGAAAUUAAGCAAAAUCUGGAGCGCGGCACGGCAAUCUAAACCUAAUUUUAAGGCAUACAAUUUGACUAAAAUGUCAAACCUAGCUCUUAGUGGCAUUUGUACCUACGAAAAAAAAAAAGCUAUCUAAACAUGUCUAUGUACAUAUAUCUAAACGCCAACUUAUUUCAAGUUUACAAACGUAUGAUAUGCAGUUAUAUGGCCUUCCAGCUAUUGGCGAAAAAUACCGCGCUGUUGGUAUUAAAUACCAGCUCGUAAACUAAAAAAUACAUCUUCAAAUAAUGGCA